AUGCUCCAACCCAGGUUUCCAUUGAUCUCAUCCCGGUCAUCCAGGCACUCCGGAAAGACAUGGGUUUCCAUCUUGAUCACAUUAACUCUCCUGAUUCUCUUCGUGCGGCUUGACUUUUCUUAUGCACCAGGGCAAAGAGUGGUGGCACAACCUUCUAAGCAAAUCCCUAUCUAUGUUCCUCCGUUUAAGCGGAAAGAUGAUGUCGGUCUCGUCGUUUCCAAAGCGGGCGACGAAGACAUCAAUUGGGUUCUAGAUUUUUGUGAAAGAUUCAAAUGCACCCCGUACAUUUACUCACUAGCUGAUGUGCCCGAAGACGGCUACCUUGCUCCAUAUACGAACAUGGGCCACGAAGCCAGCGCUUAUCUCAGCUAUCUUGUCGACCAUUAUGACAGUCUUCACCCAUACACCAUCUUCAUCCAUGGCAAGGAGGAACACUGGCACAAUGACGUUGCUGGGCCAAAAACCAUGAAUCAGAUCCCAAAUCUACGCUUCGAAGCGAUCGACGCCAAAGGAUUUGUGAAUUUGCGUUGCUUGUCCAUUCCGGGAUGUCCGAACAGCCUGUAUCCCUCCAUUAUUCAACAAACCGACAUUGACUACCAAUACCUCACCGACAAUUUCCCAGAAAUUUAUUCCGAGCUUUUCGGAGUUGACCCAGAUACAGCUCCCUCUCAACUUGGGCAUAAAUGCUGUGGCCAAUUCGCGGUGACCAGAGAGAGAAUUCAAGAGAGGCCAUGGAAAGAUUACAAUCGAAUCCUGCAAUGGGUUGUCAAGGCUGAGUGGUCUGAUAGUUAUGGGAUUGGAUGGUUAAUGGAGAAACUGUGGCAUGUUAUUUUUGGCAUGCCUCCAAUCGAGUACGCCCAUUCCCUCUUCCAAAGUGAAGCUUGUUAA